AUGGCUUUCUACAAGAUCAACAAAUUCAUCACCUUGUCAAAUCAUAUUAAGCAGACCAAACUCACACUAGCAGAUCACUUGAGCUUAAGAGCACAAAUAGAUUCAAAAACCAAAGAUGAUACUGCAAGUCAAGUACCUCAACCAUUGCAAACUAAUAAUUUAUCUAAUAUUAAUGUUCAUCUUCCCAACAAAUAAUCUAAAAUCUCUCUAUAAAGGAUAUAUAUUCUGAUCAACGAAAAGAAGAGCAUUUAAUGUGGGGGUGCUUAAUCAUCCUGCACAUCGUCUAGAUCAGUAAAAAAUUUGAAAGUUGUUAAUGAAUAUAUAACAUGGGCUACCGCCCUCUACUUCAGAUGUUCCAUCAACUAUAUCACUUGCUACAUUCCACCAAGGAACAAUGAGUCUUCUUCUCAGUUAAUCAAUCAUCUUGAUAGGAAAUUUAGAUAAAUACAAGAAAAAGAAGCGAAUUCGAAAAUCAAUGUAAUGAGCGAUUUCAGCAGAGAUCAUAUUAUAAAAGUGCAGAAGAUUAUGGCUCAAUAUAAUUUGAUUCCAAUCAUACAAGAUUAACAAAAAAAUAUAGCUGGAAAUAGACUAGAUUAGAUAUUUUCCAAUAUUCCAGUUGAAGAUUUUCAGAUAUUAAAAACAGAAGUAUCUGACGAUGAUACCCUUUUAGUAACUCUAAAACUUCUAUUAAAAGCUAAUGGAAUAGACAUGAAUAAUUUGGAAACCUUUCAGACUUAGCAAGUUGUAAGAUUUUAUCUAAAAAUCCAUAAAGCAAGAUACCCUCUGCGCUUAGAAAUUGAGGGAUAGUUAAUUAAAAGAGAAAAAGUAUCAAGAAGAUAUACAGCACCACCAAAGUGGUUUAAUAUAAUAGGAAUAUAUUUAAAAACCAGAACGAUAAUUAUCCUGGAAAAAGUUUAUUAAAAAGUGGUAAUUGCAAGGAAGAAUGUGAUGCAAAUUUUCACAUAGAACAGGAUGAUAUUCUAGAAGCCACUUCAUAAUGCAACUUCUAGAAAAGCAUGGGUGAUGAUUAUUUUGAUGGGUCCAUUAUACAAGAUCUAGAGAUUAAAAAUUUUGAAUGAAGAUGAAGCUACCAUAUUACCUGGAAAAUGUAAAGCUACUCCUCCUAUCGAAAAAUGA